AUGGCGGCCGUCCGGCGCAAAUUCGGCGAGGACUACCAGGCGGUGAACAGCGGCGUGUGCGCGCCGGUGGCCAAGCGGAAGCGGCAGCGCUUCGUGGAGAAGAACGGCCGCUGCAACGUGCAGCACGGCAACCUGGGCGGCGAGACCAGCCGCUACAUCUCGGACCUCUUCACCACGCUGGUGGACCUCAAGUGGCGCUGGAACCUGCUCAUCUUCAUCCUCACCUACACGGUGGCCUGGCUGGUGAUGGCGUCCAUGUGGUGGCUGAUCGCCUUCAUCCGCGGCGACCUCCAGCAGCACGCCCGCGGCCACGACGCGUCCUACACGCCGUGCGUGGCCAACGUCUACAACUUCCCCUCCGCCUUCCUCUUCUUCAUCGAAACCGAGGCCACCAUCGGCUACGGUUACCGCUACAUCACCGAGAAGUGUCCGGAGGGCAUCAUCCUCUUCCUCUUCCAGUCGCUGCUGGGCUCCAUCGUGGACGCCUUCCUCAUCGGCUGCAUGUUCAUCAAGAUGUCGCAGCCCAAGAAGCGCGCAGAGACGCUCAUGUUCAGCCAGGACGCAGUCAUCUCGCAGCGGGACGGUAGGCUCUGCCUCAUGUUCAGGGUGGGCAACCUCAGGAACAGCCACAUGGUCUCCGCGCAGAUCAGGUGCAAGCUAAUAAAGUCCCGUCAAACCCCAGAAGGGGAGUUCCUGCCUCUGGAUCAGUGCGAGCUGGAUGUGGGCUUCGGAACCGGCGCCGACCAGCUCUUCCUGGUAUCCCCGCUCACCAUCUGCCACGAGAUCAACAGCAAGAGCCCGUUCUUCGACCUGUCGCAACGCUCCCUCAUGAAUGAGCAGUUCGAGAUUGUCGUCAUCCUGGAGGGAAUCGUGGAGACCACAGGUAUGACAUGUCAAGCUCGGACAUCUUACACGGAAGAUGAAGUCCUGUGGGGUCAUCGUUUCCUACCCGUCAUGUCCUUGGAGGAGGGCUUCUUCAGGGUGGACUACUCUCAGUUUCACAACACGUUUGAGGUGCCUACGCCUCCGUACAGCGUCAAAGAGCAGGAGGAGAAGUCAUCUCUGACCUCGCCCAAACCUCUGCCGGUGGCCCCCGUGCCCACCUCGCCGCCGGUGGGUAACGGCGCCCGAGGGGGUCGCAGGGGAAGGCUCCUCUCGGCCGACAACGUGGAGCCCGUGGAGGACCAAGCCGUCAGGCUGCCCAGCAAACUGCAGCGCAUGAGUUCUACCAGAGAGGAGCAAAUGUGGAGGGGGGUUAAGUCCAACGUACCCUUACCCGGAGGCAAGGCCUCAAGCACCGGUGACCUGCCGCUCAGCAUCCAGAGGCUCCGAUCCAGCUCCAUCCCCGCCGUUCGCCAAGGAGGCCGGCCGGAAGAGCGGGUCCAGCUCUUGUCCUUAGACGGGGACCCAGAGGACAUCGAACCAGAGCGACACAGACCGCCGCCAGCCGUCAACGCCAUCGCAGGCGGGCGGCCCGAGGACAACCUGCCACCCAAACUGCGCAGGAUGAACGCGGACCGUUAA